UGGUUCUUGGACCCUUGAGUCAGGCGCAGACUGACUGGGUUGAGACCGGACGCGGUCGAAUCAAGCUGCCUGCCGUUGGGAGCAUCAUGUCAUCACCUGGCCUUGCCAAACUCCUGGACGAAGCGAUCUCCAUCCUGGGGUCGCUGAAAGCAUGGGGGAUCGGCAAGAUCUAUGCGCAGGUACUCGCCCGGCUGCGUGAGUGAAUGUCCUCAGGCACGGCCCCGUGACGCCGAGAGCUUCCCCGCACUCGCCCUCAUCCCUGCUCCGGCCGCAUAAGCGCCACGGUUGACGUUGCGACUUGCUCCCUGAUGCUUUCUCCUCGCCAGUCACCCCUGAUUCCUCGAGAAUCCCCAUAGUAAUGGUCCGUUUGCCGUCAUGCUGGCACCCAAGAGGGCAUGGAGCGUCCAGCAGAUGCGCAUCUCGACGUCCAUUCUGGGGUUAGCGCAAUCGCCCUUAUCAGCUUAUCGGCACGGGUCCAGACUCAAACGAGGCAAACACGACCAUCCUGCCAGCGCCGAGCUGCACUUCACUGAACCCGAAUUGCUCGCGGGGUUUAUCGCCAGCAGUCUUUUCCACUACAAGGCUGCCACGGACACAGUGGCUUCAUGGCUGGCAAACACCGCCAAGUCGUGUGGCUACUCAAUUGACCUCCCGACAAUCGAUGCUAGCUCCACCACCACAAACGAUACCAGCAGCAGCAGCAACGACAACAACAACGCGAAUACCACCCCAGCCCCCUUGAAACGACUGAAGGGAAAAGCGAGGAAGCUUGCCCGGAAUAGAAAGGCUGCUGCUGCUCCAACGGCGAGUACUACCGCCUCUCGCUCGAAACCCGUUUUCACGCGCAAGCUCACCCUCGGCGAAUUCGUCAGUUUAGCGGAUUACAUCGCUGCGGCCUCUAAUCCUCCCGUCAAAGUCCCGGCGUCAGUUGUGAAGGCCCUUGACUGUGCCAUCUCCAUUCGGCAGAAACAUGGUCGUCGGGUCACCUCUAAGAUGUCUCAGGACGCUGAAUCACAGGCCCAAGUGCGCCGGCACAACCACUUCGUUGGCGUCCUGGAACAUGUGCGAGAAGUCUUACGUCCCCGGAUGCCCAUUGACCAAGUGAAAGACCCUUUGACUCAGAAGGUGGGAGAACAGCCGGCUGAACCACUGAACACCUUGCAAAACAGGUUCGAAGGUCUCGAUGUGCAGAAACCUUCCGAAUGGUUUCUCCAGGCCCCUGACGUUACCCCAAUGGCUAGCAGUGGGACUGCCUCGCCCGAGGUUAACUACGAAGCCGAACUGCGGCAGGACAUGGAAAAGGCGUACCUCGGCUUUGAUCUUCUUAUGCAGGACUUCCGCAGCCUUCGAACGGUCAUCCUUCGAACGUGGAAGGGAUAUCAACUUGGGCUGUUCGACCUGGUGACGGUGUCGCUGGUGACGAACACGGCCAUAAACAUCGCCAAGAGAAUGCAGGAGGACGUUCAAAAACUGUUUGACAAGCACGGUGGAUCGGCGAAAAUGCUCAACACCUUCUAUGCGGCGUCCUGUGCCGUCGACGGCGAGGACCCGAAUUUUCGCGAACGACCGGGCGACGACCUGAACUUCCGAAUGUACGACGCCGCCGAAUCGAUAAUGAUGCCGACAUUCAUGCUGUUGCAGUCUUUUGACCGCCUGGCCGAGCCUGGCAACAUCCUUCCGUACAAGCCCGGCUACUACGGGACGUUUGACCCGGCCAGCAACCGGUCGAAGAAGAGCGCGCGGGAAAGGUAUCAAGAAGACAAGAUUGUGAUGCUGGAGGUUCUGUCGGAAUUCCUCGCCUUCCACCGAGGGGUGCCUUCCCAGACGUUUGAAGACGAGUUCACUCGGGGUCUACGGUUGAUGUUCGAUACCCAUGAAAUCCCCAUCUGGCUCGUUUUCGCCGCUCAGGUCUUCCUGGAUAUUCACCAUGCUCUGCGAGGCCAAGUUCAAGAAGGGCUUUUACGAUCUGAAGGCCUCCGCAAGGUCCAUGGGGGCCUCCAUCCUGGAGAACCUCAAAUUCCAUUCCUCGCUUUCCAUUGUGGGAUGGUCGAAACAGAACGAUGGGGCGUUCCAUGCUACGCUAAAGAACAUUCAUUGGUGGGUGGACUCGGAUCCCGUGGAGGAGCUGAAAGCAAAGCUCCAGGUGAGUUCCGAGGAGAUGUUCAAGUUCCUGAAGUGGAACCCGCUCUUCCGCGGGAUGUUCAGUCAGAGCCUCAAGUGUUCCUACCAAGAACUCAGCCUGUCCUUCCAGGCCGCAUGGGGUCUAUCAUGUACCCGACCCACCUGUACGACGCCGUCUGUAGCGAAGGGCUCGUCCGUCCGUCUUGGCAGGACAUGGAGCUGGUCAUGAGCUGGCGGGAUGAGAUCUUUGUCGGGGAAGCGCCGCACAACCCGGAGGACUAUCUCAAACGAUUCAACCCCAGCAUAGGCUGGUCGACGGCGUCUUACGCCCGCAACCGUCGCCAGACCAGUCGACUGCCCGAAUCCAAAAACGGGCCGAAAAUCAUGCAGCUGCAGGGCAGCGUUUCGCGAACGUUCAUGGACCACUACUGCCGCGGGUCCCAGCAGACGGAUCUCACGGAGGAGGAUCUGGAGAAGAUCCUGGGGAUGAACUUUGACUACCUGACGCUGCAUCGGUCCUGCUGGCGACUGCUUCGUCGGGUCCGCGAGGCCUGCGAUCCUUGCCUGCGCGAUAUCUUUGGCGUCGGGUACCUGGAACGGGAGAGCCAGUUGCCUUUCGUGGUGGGAUCUGUCUUCAUGGGCGUUGCAAACACCGACGUCAUGGGCAAGCGUCUGGCGGCGAAGGAGGACAUCGUGAAGAGCAAGCUGCUGAUGACCGCCGGCGGCGCAGUGGACGAGAUGAUCGAGACGGGCGAGGGAGCUCUGGUGGUCGAUUCUCUCCACAAACGAGGAUACCCCGUGGAGGUUGCGAUUGAGCAGGAGCCGGCGUAUGAGAUUUUCUGCUGAUGUACUUGUACGUAUUCGACGGAGCAUCGCCUAGACUUGCGAUGGAUCCCACUAGAUAAACCCAUUGAAAUCAAUCCGCAACCAACCAAUACCAGCCGCCCCAAUAAGCAUCAGCAUCAGCAUCAGCGUAAGCCCAACCA